GUCUCAUCUUCGGGUAUAUAUGGGAUUAUAUGGCGUAUUUGGUUGGCAAUGUAAUAUGCUUCUAUGUUGGGGAUUCCCCAUCCUCCUUCUGAGGUGGGGAGGUGCAGGUAUUUGGAGCUUAUUCUUGGUUUUUUAUGUGAGAAGAUAAAAGAGUGUAGUUUUCUCUGCCAACUGCGGAGUUGGGUUGGGGGGAUCCAGAUUGGGAGGGUUUGGAAUAGGUAGGUUAGUUUUGGGAGGGUGAUCAUUUUGAUCAUGGCUAUUUUGUCUGAGAGAGUGAAAUUCAUGUUAUUCCAUCUCUUUAGGUCUUUGUUAAUUUGUCGCCACAGGGGCUUGUAGUUGUGGAGGUACAAUUUAUUGAGGUUUCUGGUUAUUUGUACCCCUAGGUAUCUGAACUUGGUGAGGCAAAGUUUUAUUUUGGUGACCUUGGUGAGUUCUUUUCUUGAGCAGAUUGAUUUAUUGCUCAGAUAAGCCUGACGUCCGGCACGCUUCGGCUGCACAGCUCUUGCCGGCCAGGCCUCUGCAUUCCAAAGGCUGGGCCAUAGUGAGUUAGACGGCUGAGAAAAGAAGAAAAAAAGCAAACAUUAGGAAAAGAGGGGUGGGAAGUCAAAAAGAAAUCAUUUUUUUUCUGUAGAGGAUGCUAAAUGUUUUGGAAUGUUUGGAAGAUUUAAUAAAACUGUUAUAGGAAAAAUGGUGAUGGGUUGCUUCUCUUAUCAGUCCCUUCUCUGGGUUUCUUCUCAGCCAUCGGAAGCACUUCCUGCACCCUCCCUUGGCCAACUGGUGGCGAUUUCCUGUCUUUGUGCACUGGAUCAAGACCCGGAGAGCAGGCAGAGGGCAGCAAAGGCUCUCUGCCAUCUUCUGCCCAUCCUGCGGCACAACGAAGGUAAGACUGGAAGAAUGCAUCCCAGCAUGGGGUGGGGGUGAGCAAGACCCAAACUAACCCUUUGGCUUUCCUUUGCAGAGACACUGGCAGGAACGUUAAGGAACCAAAUACUUAUCACCAGAGCUGAGAAGGUCCUCAAAUCCACCGGAGGACCGGUUCCUGAACUGUUCGUGAAUAAUUGUUACUCUCUUGCCAGGGUAAGUCGCUGUCUCUCAAGCCACAUGUUCUGGGUUCUGCAGAGGCAGCACCUGGGCUUUCUGCUCCCCAGCCCUGCCCUGUGGGCAUCUCUGACCUUCCUCUCUCGCUUCGGGUCUUUGGCGCCUUUCUCCCUGCGGAGCAGCUCUUGGAGGCCAUGUGCUUCCUGGCCAGAGACCUGGUUGUCGAGAGCAGCUUCAACCCACUGGAUAUCUCCCACUUACUGCAAGAUUUCAUCAAGCAGUUUGGCGGCACAAAAGUGGAGGUAAGGCGUCUGCAAAGGUAGGAGAGAAGCAGAUUCUCUGCUUGGUGUAGGGGAGGCCACCUCAUGCCAUUGGGUGGCCAGGACACAUGUUAGUUGAGAGGGGCCUGGCAAUGUCAGGACAAGAACCUCAGCCAAGGGUCCUGAGAAACAUGGCUUCAGGAAUGGGGAAUUCUCCUCCUUCUGGCGCCCUGGAGCUGCCUGGGUCCAAUACUCCCCAGGACCCUGAGUGGUACCUUGGAAGGAAGAGGCUGUGGUGGCACAGGUCAAGGGUCCCUCUUUCAAUGAGGGAUGGAGGGAUCCGCCUGCAGACAGCCCCGCUUCCUUGUACUCUCCAAGCAACUCUCUCCUUUUCUCUGACAGGUGAAGGUGCUGCUGGAGGCCUUCUGUAAGAUCAGCCAGGGGCCUACAGCGGAAGGCAGAAGUAUGGCCGUCUUCUCGUUGUCCAUCUUGUCGCACCACCACCUGGCGAAAGUGGUGCAAUAUCUCCUCCAGUUUCUCUUCGGGUAUGGAGCCCUCCAGGUUGUACUGGGCUAAGGGGAAGGUUGGCAAGCUGCAGGGCUUGCUCAGAAAGCCCUUGCUGCCAUUUCCUCUCUCUGGAGCAUGGCAGCAAGCAGAAGACUUGAAUCUGACCAUUGCUUUUGUUUUUGCAUUCACAGAGACUUUGAGAGAGUUUGGAAGGAGGUUUUAGCAUCGGCCGAUCCAGAAAAGCUAAUCCAUCUCAUGGCCAAGCAGAUUUACCAAAGCCCCUUGGUGGAAUCUGCCACCAAAGUGGUAAGGACCAACCACCUGCUUUCUGGCUUCCUUCUUCCCAGGGUAAUAUCGAGGGGUUCCUGUAUUCUGCAGAAAAGCAGAGAAAGUGACUUGCACCCCUCUCUCUUCCAGCAACAUCUCACCAGCCUGUUACACGCCAUCCUCAGGAUGGAGGACUACAAGGCAGCUGUGCGCCACAACUUCCCACAGCUGCUGAUCGCUCUCCUGGGGAUGGUUAUCAACUUCCACUAUGAUCAGGAAUUCCUCGGGUGAGUAGUGUGAUGCAAAGGGACCAAUGAAGUCCUUUCCCCUUCAACCUCGGGGGGUUUCCAGUCCAGCUUGGUUUUCCAAGGGAGGCUCUCCUUCAGGCGGCUGCUAGGGAGGAAGGACGGGGAAAGAAUUUGAGUGUGUGCCAAUGACCCUCCUGGUAAAACUGGUCUUGCUUUGGUUCCAGAGGGGCUAAGGAAGUUCUGCACCUCCUUCUUGGCACCACUGGAGAGCAAGUGGAGGCGGCCAUCGUUGACCAACUUUUCUGCCGGGAGACUUUCAGCCAGGGGUUGUCUGCCAUGGUGAGGUAAGAGGAAGAACGCGGUGACCUUCCCCAGUGGUCUGGCAAACGGAGCUGAAGGCACGGGAUCGGACUGUGCCCCUGUUUGCUUCCUGCAGUGUCUUUCCCUUCCUUACCAAGAUCUGCUUCUCCAUUUCAGAGCUGUCGGAAAGCGACGCUGGUGGAUCCCUCCCAUGGUGGAAAGCAUCAUCGCUGCUCUCGGGGACCAGGAUUUUGCCGGGAUGCCACAAGUCGCGGCAGCUAUCUACAUCGAGGUGAGGGGGACUGACGCGGGAGGAAAUGGGUGCAGCAAGGAGGUCCUGGCUUGGUUUCUGCCGAGUGUUGGGCUACUUUGAGCCUAAGGACUGUUGCCUGUUUUAGUGCUCCUCAGAGUAGACCCAUUGGAUUUGAUGUACAUGGCAAACUUUGGUCCAUUCACUUCAGUGGGUUUGCUCUGUGCAGAAUUGCAAAUGGUGGGUAAAAGGAGAACCUGCCUCAGCCUCUCAUCACUGAAGGGUUUCUUUCUCUUUGGGGCUCUUUAGCUGCUCAGCUGCCGUCUGGAGGUCUAUCCCUGUGAAGAUACGCUGGAGCGGCUCCUCAACUGGCUGGAACACGACUACCUGCAAGUCCGGAAGCUCAGCGUCAGAGGGAUAUCCCUGCUUCUGGACUCUGACAUGGCAAGUGAUGCUCAGAGGGAGGGAGGGGGGGUACAGAUCUCGAUUCUAAUCAUGGCCCAGCACUCUUUUGCUGGCACAAUACUGAAGGGCCUGUGCUAAAAGGCAUGAGGCCUUUCAGACCUUUGAAAAGAUUCUCUCUUUUGUGUAGGACCCUUCGCUUCUGCGGCUCUUGCUGCUGGAUUCCCUCUCUUAUGUAGAAGCUGAUGUCCUCCCAGAAUUGAUAGAGCUGGUAGACCAAGCCUACCAUUCCAGGGAGCUGGAAGAGGAAGACCUGAAUAUGCUGGCAGAAACCUACUGCGGCCUGGCUGCCCAUGUGAGUAUGAGGGGAAACAUGACAUCACACCCGGUGGUGGAGGAAUGCUUUGGAAGAGGAAGGGUGGGGUUUAGACUGGCAUGCAGCGGAGAUGUUCUGGCUUCAGGAGGCUGUUCCUCUGGAAAGUGAUCUGAUGAGAAACACAACCUCUGAUAUUUUCUGCCUAUAGGAGGAAGCCUCCGUCCGGGCAUCAGCCAUCGAACAUCUGGGGCUGCUUCGGGGCUGGGUGAGAGACCAAAGACUUCCCAUUACAACAACAGAAGAGGAAGCCAUUCACAAACUGCUUGUGGUCCUCAUUCACCUCGAAGAUGAGGACGAAGUGGCCAAGGUGAGGGCCAAAGAGGUGGACUUAUGCAGUAGGAGGGAGGGAUUGUUCUCAGGAGCUUCCGAGACUAUGUACUGCAAUUUGUAACCCUCUUCUCUUCUUGUGUUGCAGGCCGCAAGGAGGGCUCUUUCCCAUCUAGCCCCAGAAGUCAAGUGGUGGGCUCGUUCCAACAAAUUUAGCCUCCACUUUGCUCUCCACCAGGCUGCCAAGCAUAUGGUAAGGUCCCUGCUCUCAAGACCCGGAGAGCAGGCAGAGGGCAGCAAAGGCUCUCUGCCAUCUUCUGCCCAUCCUGCGGCACAACGAAGGUAAGACUGGAAGAAUGCAUCCCAGCAUGGGGUGGGGGUGAGCAAGACCCAAACUAACCCUUUGGCUUUCCUUUGCAGAGACACUGGCAGGAACGUUAAGGAACCAAAUACUUAUCACCAGAGCUGAGAAGGUCCUCAAAUCCACCGGAGGACCGGUUCCUGAACUGUUCGUGAAUAAUUGUUACUCUCUUGCCAGGGUAAGUCGCUGUCUCUCAAGCCACAUGUUCUGGGUUCUGCAGAGGCAGCACCUGGGCUUUCUGCUCCCCAGCCCUGCCCUGUGGGCAUCUCUGACCUUCCUCUCUCGCUUCGGGUCUUUGGCGCCUUUCUCCCUGCGGAGCAGCUCUUGGAGGCCAUGUGCUUCCUGGCCAGAGACCUGGUUGUCGAGAGCAGCUUCAACCCACUGGAUAUCUCCCACUUACUGCAAGAUUUCAUCAAGCAGUUUGGCGGCACAAAAGUGGAGGUAAGGCGUCUGCAAAGGUAGGAGAGAAGCAGAUUCUCUGCUUGGUGUAGGGGAGGCCACCUCAUGCCAUUGGGUGGCCAGGACACAUGUUAGUUGAGAGGGGCCUGGCAAUGUCAGGACAAGAACCUCAGCCAAGGGUCCUGAGAAACAUGGCUUCAGGAAUGGGGAAUUCUCCUCCUUCUGGCGCCCUGGAGCUGCCUGGGUCCAAUACUCCCCAGGACCCUGAGUGGUACCUUGGAAGGAAGAGGCUGUGGUGGCACAGGUCAAGGGUCCCUCUUUCAAUGAGGGAUGGAGGGAUCCGCCUGCAGACAGCCCCGCUUCCUUGUACUCUCCAAGCAACUCUCUCCUUUUCUCUGACAGGUGAAGGUGCUGCUGGAGGCCUUCUGUAAGAUCAGCCAGGGGCCUACAGCGGAAGGCAGAAGUAUGGCCGUCUUCUCGUUGUCCAUCUUGUCGCACCACCACCUGGCGAAAGUGGUGCAAUAUCUCCUCCAGUUUCUCUUCGGGU